GACUCGGCGGCGCUGAGCGCCCUGACGCGGCAGGACGGGGCUGCCUGGACCCCGACUCGGCGGCGCUGAGCGCCCUGACGCGCAGGACGGGGCUGCCUGAACCCCGACUCGGCGGCGCUGAGCGCCCUGACGCGGCAGGACGGGGCUGCCUGGACCCCGACUCGGCGGCGCUGAGCGCCCUGACGCGGCAGGACGGGGCUGCCUGGACCCCCUCCCCAUUUCCCUGGCGCCGGGGGCCGCCGCUGCCGCCCAGCCCGGGGCUGCUGCUGCAUUUCCACGGCGGCGGCUUCGUGGCGCAGACGUCGCGCUCGCACGAGCCCUACCUGCGCGGCUGGGCGCGCGACCUGGGCACCCCCAUCCUGUCCGUGGAUUACGCCCUGGCCCCCGAGGCGCCCUUCCCCCGAGCCCUGGAGGAAUGCUUCUAUGCCUACUGCUGGGCGCUGAGGCACUGCAGGAUGCUGGGCUCGCCGGCCGAGCGCGUGUGCGUGGCGGGUGACAGCGCCGGUGGCAACCUGUGCCUGGGCGUGUCCCUGCGCGCGGUGGCCCUGGGCGUCCGCGUCCCCCAGGCCGUGGUGGCCGCCUACCCGGUGACCCUGGUGCGGGCGGCGGCGUCGCCGUCGCGGCUGCUGACGCUGAUGGACCCUCUGCUGCCCCUGGGGGUGCUGUGCCAGUGCCUGGGGGCCUACGCAGGGACGUUGGGGGACGGGCCUCGCUCCCCUCCCCCCCCCCGGCCGGCCGUGGGGGAGGGGCUGCUCCUGAGGGGGCUGCGGGGGGGGGCGGCCUGGCUGGGGGGGCUCCUGAGGGGGAGACCCCCCCCAAAACCAGAACCAGCCCCAAACUCGGAGGGGGGCGGGGCCGAGGACCCCCCUGAAGACGCCCUCGAGGACCCCCCCAAAUUUUUGGGGUACCCUGAAGGAUUUCGGCCGCUCCGCACCGGGGGCCCCCCGGCGAUUUUUGGGGAAAUUCCCCCAAAACCGCCCCGGGACCCCUUCAUGUCCCCCCUGCUGGCCCCGGAUUCGCUGCUGGGGGGGCUCCCCCCCGUGCACCUGGUGGCGUGCGCGCUGGACCCGAUGCUGGACGAUUCGGUGGCGCUGGCGCGGCGGCUGCGGGCGCUGGGCCGCGCGGUGACGCUGCGGGUGCUGCCGGGGGUCCCGCACGGCUUCCUGAGCCUGGCGCCGCUGAGCCCCGAGUGCCGCCGCGCCGGGGCGCUCUGCUCCCAAAUCCUGCGCGAGGUCCUCGAGCCCCCUCCCCAAAUCCUGCCCAGGCUCAGCCUGGCCGGCUUCGGGGGGUCCCGGAGGGAAAGUUUGGCAUUGGCAGCGGGAAAUUUGGGAGGUUUGGGGGGUUCCAGGAGGGAAAGUUUGGUGGGUUUUGGGGCUGGGGGCUCCAGGAGGGAAAGUUUGCCCCCAAAUUAA